GCGGUAUAUAAAGGGCUGAGAGCGGCCGCAGCGACCGUUAGUGGCGGCGCCGGAAGGAGGAGUUACCAUCUUGACUGCUGUCCGCACACAGUCUGAGAGGUGGGAAGACACUGCUCUGAAGAUUAUGACAGUAAUAUUUAACUAAAUGGAGUUGGGUUAAGAAGGAGACCUCUGACGAAGGUCUCAGGGUGAGGGUUUAGCAGAGACGGAAAGAUGGCUACCCUCUGCUCCCGCUCCUGCUUGUCUUUCCUCUUCGGGGUCCUGAUAGGAAUAUUCAGCUUGUACUUCAUCACCAACUACUUCUCCUUCAUCCGACACUUCAGCCUCCAGCCUGAGGGGCAGAACCGCUCCCGGGAAAGGUCCCACCGACCGGGAGUCACCGUGUCAGCCAGCACCAGCCACCGAGCUGCACUAGGUGUGGACAGCGCGAUGGCGGACAGCCUCUACAGGCAUGUGCGUGUGCUGUGCUGGGUGAUGACGGGGCCGAACACGCUUCAGACCAAAGCCAAGCACGUGAACGCCACGUGGGGUCGGCACUGCAACACGGUGCUGUUCAUGAGCUCCGCGCAGGACAGCGAGGGGCUCAGCAUCGGCCUGGGCACGGGCGAGGGGCGCGACCAGCUGUACUGGAAAACCAUCCGAGCCUUCCAGUACGUCCACCAACAUCACCUGCAUUCGGCCGACUGGUUCCUCAAAGCCGACGACGAUACCUUCAUGGUGCUGGGGAACCUGCGGUGGCUCCUGUCUGCUCACUCGCCCGACCGGCCCGUCUACUUCGGCAAGAGGUUCAAGCCCUACGUCAAGCAGGGCUACAUGAGCGGUGGGGCGGGCUACGUGCUGAGCCGGGAGGCCCUCCGCAGGUUUGUGGCCGGCUUCGAGGCCAACGUGUGCGCCCACACCUCCCCCGUGGAGGACCUGGCCCUGGGGCAGUGCCUGGCCAAGGUGGGAGUGGAGGCCGGGGACUCGAGGGACUCCCUGAGCAGAGAAACCUUCCAUCCCUUCAUACCGGAGCAUCACCUGAUUCCCGGGAUCCUGCCCAAGAGCUUCUGGUAUUGGAGCUACUGCUAUUACCCCAUCGUGGAGGGACCCCAGUGCUGCUCUGACCUGGCCGUCUCCUUCCACUACGUCAACCCGCAGCUCAUGUACGAGCUGGAGUACCUGGUCCACCACCUGCGGCCGUACGGCUACCACUUCCGUUACCGGCCCGAGGGGGAGUUGCCGCGAGCCCAGGCGAGCUCGGAGCCCGCCCCACACAACAGCACAGAGCGUCGCCAGCUGCUGCCGUGACGGAGCCCGGCGCAGAGACGGUGGCUACAACGUGCGGCAAUCAGUGCACGAUUGGAGACGUUCUCGCUGGAAGGAGUGAGGUUACCUUUCUCUCUCUCUCUCCUCCUCCUCCUUCACAGCUGCCGUCCCCACAGAGUCCGAGCGGCAGUUGUUCACGCGCGGUGAGCUUUGGCUCUGAGCUGAGCUGAGAGUCGGUGAGUUAUUCCACAGUGAGAGGCUCACAGACUGAGACUGAGCCUCCGCUCGCUGUGCUCACUCUGGAUUGGAACCCUCGUCAUUUUCUACGUUAACCCAACUGAACU